AAGCAGAUCGCAGAGCUACGGGGCCCUUUCUCUCUCUCUCUCUCUCUCUCUCUUUAGGGUUACGGUUAGGGUUUAAUCGCCCUUUCAGGCCACUGAUCCGUCAAGUUCAGCGCUGUUUUGAUCGGAAGGCCUUGUUCUUGUUUGUUGUUCCGGUGUUGUAUUAUACAUAUAUAGAUAUACAGAAGAAGAUGAGCGUGGAUCUGGUGGCAUCCAACACCUAUGGCAGUCUCGACGAGCAGAUUGCCCAGCUCAUGCAGUGCAAGCCCUUGUCGGAGCCCGAGGUCAGGGCACUUUGUGAUAAGGCUAAAGAGAUACUGAUGGAUGAAAGUAAUGUUCAGCCUGUAAAAAGCCCUGUGACCAUUUGUGGUGACAUUCAUGGGCAGUUUCAUGAUCUUGCUGAACUUUUUCGCAUUGGAGGAAAGUGCCCAGAUACAAAUUACUUGUUCAUGGGAGAUUAUGUCGAUCGUGGGUAUUAUUCAGUUGAAACUGUCACGCUUUUGGUGGCUCUGAAAGUGCGCUAUCCUCAGCGAAUCACUAUUCUUAGAGGAAAUCAUGAAAGUCGACAGAUUACUCAAGUUUAUGGGUUUUAUGAUGAAUGCUUACGAAAGUAUGGAAAUGCAAAUGUCUGGAAGAUAUUUACAGAUCUUUUUGAUUAUUUCCCACUUACUGCCCUGGUUGAAUCAGAAAUAUUUUGUUUGCAUGGUGGAUUGUCUCCAUCCAUUGAGACCCUUGAUAAUAUAAGGAAUUUCGAUCGUGUUCAAGAAGUCCCUCAUGAAGGCCCUAUGUGUGAUCUAUUAUGGUCUGAUCCUGAUGACCGUUGUGGUUGGGGAAUUUCUCCACGUGGUGCUGGAUACACUUUUGGCCAAGACAUAUCUGAGCAAUUUAACCACUCAAACAACCUAAACCUGAUUGCUAGAGCUCACCAGCUUGUCAUGGAGGGAUAUAACUGGGCACAUGAUCAAAAGGUUGUCACUAUCUUCAGUGCACCUAAUUAUUGUUAUCGAUGUGGAAACAUGGCAUCUAUUUUGGAAGUUGAUGACUGCAAAGAACACACAUUUAUCCAGUUUGAACCCGCUCCAAGGAGAGGCGAACCUGAUGUUACAAGGAGAACACCUGAUUAUUUCUUGUAAUAGAGUUGCUUGAGUAGCUGAUCUCAGCAUCAUCUGCAUGCCGGGUGAGAUAAGCUCCGGUAGCAGGUCGACACGGUGAUUGAUUGAAUUCGAGCUUUUUAUACUAAACCCGCUAUGCUACUACCAAUUGUGGGAGGCCUAAUGGUAUGCAAACUGGAGCAGCGAGGGUUCCCUUAUUUUGAACAUGUUUGAUAUAUAUAUAUAUAUAUAUAUAUAUAUAUAGGUUCCAGGGGGACUGGAGCAUUGGGAAGAAUGCAAAUGCUGAUGCUGAUGUUGAUGCUGAUGCUGAUGCUGUGAUGUAUUAUUAUUAGAUGCAAAACUUCGGAUCUCCUACGUUGUCUCUCAUUUUAUUAAAUAUUUCCGUAUCACUUUUUUUUUGGUUUUGGUUUUGGUUUUGGUUUCUCCUUUUUGGGCUUCCAGAGGUAUGAUGUGAGAAAAGAAUGGAGAGGUAAAGAUGCAAAUCUGAUUGUAGUAGCGGGUUGGUUUCCUGUUCAUGUGUUAAUUUGACUGAAUUGAUUCAAAUAGGUGGCUGCAACUUCUUCGUUCCUUGACC